CCAUUCAAUCCCAUUCUCUCAUUAUAAUAAUAUACUCUCACACACACAGACACACACAUUGACUUCAACUUUCUCCAUGACUUCUUCAUCUCCAAUUUCUCUCCCCCUCAAUCUUCAAUCUCUCUCAUACCCAUUUCUGUGAUCUGCAAGAAUCACCCCCAAAGAUUGCAACCUUUUCAUCAUGUCAUCAAUCUUGGGCUCAAAUGGGAUGGUUAUAGCCACCGCCAUGGUUGCCGGAACCGCAAUUUUCAUCGCCUUCUGUCUCCAGAAACAACCGACAACCACCGCCGGCGCCACCCGAUUCCCGAUCAUCCAUCACCCAAGACCCUGCAUCUCUACAGAUGGGAAGAAGAAGAAGAAGAAGGGAGGAAAGAAGAAAAGGGUACAGUUUGCAGAGGAUGUGAUGGAACCAAGUGGAAAUGGCGAUGAGUUUAGACGACUAAAAAGUAAGAAUCAUCAGCUAAACAGGAAGUACUUGACAAUACUAAAAGAUGAAGGGGGCAAAAAGAAAUUGUCAAGAAAUCUCAAGGGUCUUCCUGAAAAUAGGAUGGCUCUUUACUCUGGAAUUCUCAGAGAUCGAGGUGUUCACCGGGUUGCCUAUUGUUGUUAACGAUUGACUUUAUUUUACAAACUAGUCUUUUACUUCUUACCAUUUCAAAGUUUGGCCCCUCUUAGUUUUCUUCGUUUAGGAUAACGUUUUUUGUUUCUUGAUUUUGCAUAUGUUGUCAAUGGGGUUUGUAUCAUUCAUUGUGUACAAUGUGAAAGCAAAAUAUUUGUAGAAAAUUUAUUGGUAAAUUUGUAAUUGUGGGUUAAAGUUUGUUGUAAUUGACUUUGGACUUGGAGAAUCA